AUGGCAACGAGAAUAUCAGGACGGUUCGCGCCGCCCCCGCCACCGCACGUCGACCUGCCGACAAGCGCCCGACCCCAGAUUGUCGAUGAGGACGGGUUCGAGCUCAGCGACGAGCAGAUUGCCGCCAAGGACGAGGGUGGGGACGUGAAGGAGGAGGAGAUUGAGGUCGAGGUUGUUGAAGAGGAGGAGGAGGUAGAGGAAGAAGAGGAAGAGGAGGAGGAGAGGGACGGCGCCGAGGCCGACGACGAGGCCAUCGAGGUCGAUGUCGAGGUGGAGGAGGAGGUCAUGACCGAGGCGCCAGAGGCUUUGGAGACGCGGCGCCCACUACUCGGCGUCUCAGAGAGUCUGAUCCUCCAGUACUCGCUCCUCCAGACACGCCACCACCACAUCAACCACCUCCUCCCGCUCGCCUUCUCGCACCCACCAGUGCCCGCACACAACCGGCCACGCCUCCGCCCCACAGGCCACAAGGCGUUUGUCUUUCCCACGCCGCCUCCUCCGUCCCAGCCGCUCCCGUCUCGCGAGUACCACGCGCCCGUGAAGCCGAAGGAGGGCAAGGAGAAGGACGAGGACGACAAAGGCAAGGAGAAGGAGAAGGACAAGCCUGAGGCCAGCGCCGCGGGCGAAACCCCCGACGCUGCGCCGACGCCGAAGCGCCGCCCAAAGAAGGCCAAAGUCAUUGAGGGCGUCCAGCCGCCCGCGCACGAGAUCGAGUGCAUCGCGCGCGUGACCCUCCAGGUUGGGCCCGUGAGCUUCCACAACACCGAGCUGUGGAUCGGCCGCUUUGUCGAGCCGCACAUGAGCGGUACGGUGCGCGGACGUGUGCCGAAGGACCAGCGCCCACCACCGGCGCUUAGGGAACCGAAGGAGAAGCGACCGCGCGCAUCGGUCGACGGUGCGGCGCCCAAGCGACCGCGGAAGGAGAACGCGACGCCCAGGACGCCAGCACAGCGCGCCGAGGCCGCAGGGCGGGUUGGCCGUCCUCCGGCUGUUCGCCCGCCACCGCCGGGCACACCGACACCUGGCCCGUCGACACCGGUACGCCCACCACCAGCGCCGGUGGGUGGGACGGGCCCCGUGCCCGGCGCGACGUCGAACCUGACCCCGCCGAGAUACGCGUCGAGGGCAGACAUUCCACAGACGCUUAUCCAGAGAGUGAACGCCGCCGCCACACAGCACCAGUGGCUCUCAAUCCUGAUCCACAAGGCAGCGCGUAACGUUGCGAACAAGGACGAGCUCGCCAAGCUCGGCCGUGUCGUCGCGCGCCUCGGACGCGGUGAGGGAGUCGGCGAGGGGCCCGAGAUGCCCGGCUUACCGAAUGGCCCGACAAUGGCGGGCUUGCCUGUUCGUCCAGCGGGAUCGGUGCGGCCGGCCGCACCGGGUGCACCUGGUGCGAGGCCGCCAGUGGCUGGUGCCCCCGGUGCAGUACGGCCACCCGUUGCUGCUGGCGCGGCUGGAGCUGUCAGGCCGCCUGUCGCUGUGGCAGGCGCUGCUGGGGCCGUGAGGCCACCAGCGCCUGGCGCUGGGACUGUGAGGCCACCAGUGCCUGCUGCCGGGACUGUGAGGCCGCCGGCGCCUGGCGCACCUGGUGCCGCUGUGCGACCUCCAGUGGCGGCAGCAGGAGCACCGCCAGCGAGGCCACCCCCUGCCGCCGCCGUUCGGCCACCGACGGCAGCGGCUGGCCCUUCGACGGCUGCACCUCCUGCUCGUCCUCCCGUCGCCAGCGCUCCCCCUGCGCCCGCAGCCGCGAAACCUGCCCCCGCCGCGCCGGCUCAGCCAUCAGCGGCACCAGCUCCAGCUCAGCCAGCACCAGCACCAGCACCAGCUCAGCCAGCACCAGCAGCUGCGGCCCCGGUGCCUGCUGCAGCUGCUCCCGUGCCAGCUGUGGCACCACCGGCUCCAGCGAAGGAAGACGAUGCCGAGUCCGAACUCUCAGAGCUCAGCGAUAUCGACAUGUCGGGACCGCCGCAGGAAGGUGGAGGCAUCCCUCCCUGUGGCCACUUUCACUGUGAUUCGUAUCCGCACUGUGGCGGUGGAGAGAGCGACAGCGACAGUGACGUCGACAUGACCGGCCCUCCGCAGGUUGGGGGUGGAGUAGGGCCGGAGCCAGAGCGGAAAGAGUCGCCACCACCAGAAGACGCCAAGACUGAGCCAGAAGCUGCCACUGCAUCCAACUCCCAACCGCCUGCAGCGUCGGCUCCAGCGACUGCCCCGCCGGCUACUCAGCCCACCGCCGCGGCCGCUGCUCCGGUGCCAGCAGCUUCGGCGCCAGCAGCUCCGGCGUCAGCAGCUCCUGCUCCGGUCGCAGCUACUGUGACUACCACGCCAGCUAGCGCUUCUGCGGCUCAGACACCGGCGCCCGCCCCUGCUCCUGUGCCUGCGCAGGUAGAGCCGGGAGCACCAGCUACGCCGGCCUCAGCAGUUAGCCCUAUCCCACCCCCUCAUGCUGCCACAUCUGCUCCACCUGCCACACCUGCACCAGUCACGCCCUCGCCUGCACCAAGUGCUUCGACCCCAGCGCCAUAUCGCCCACCCCCUCCAGGCCCAGUCCCCGGCCCACCCAUCCCGGGCGUCGUUCGCCAGCCGAACGUCAUCUACCCGCCCCUCCCUCCCAUGAAGAACCCCGUCCCUCCUCCAAAGGUCCGCGACUAUCCCCUUCCCCCAGCCUUCCUUCUGGUAGCCUUCAAGGAAGCCCCAACGGAGAAGUUUGUCAUCCCGCUCGGUGCGCAGUCGUUUGUGUCCCGAAUCGGAGGCGACUAUGUCACUGGCCCCGCACCCCUUCCACCAAAGGCGACGCCGACACCACCACCACCACCCCCUCCUGAGGCGGAGGCAGCCCCGGUCGAUCCACCAUCCGAGACCGUUGAGGCUGCCCCCGUCGAAGUAAAGGUGGAGGAGCCCACGCCAGCACCGCCGAAGAAGCGCACCCGUGCGGCUAUUGCCAAGGCUGCACCUCCCCCGCCUCCCCCACCAAAGCCAAAGACGCCAACACCAGAACCAGUGAAAGAGCCAACGCCUCCUCCACCACCCGUCAAGAAGGACCCGUUCGCCGAGCUCCCAGUCGUUCCCGGCAUGCACCCUGCUGCCGGAACAGUCCUCAUCUCGACGUUCAUUCCCACCGGCGUGUGGGACAAGCCGACGUGGGACAAGUUCGGCAAGCGUCUGCCAUUCGACAACCCUGAGUUUGUGGACAAGCUCAAGGCGAAGACAAACCCACCAAAGGAGACUCCACCUGAGGCUGGACCCAGCGACACUGCCGACAAAGCUGCGGUGCCAGCCUCGCCGAAGCGCAGCUUAAGGCAGCCCCAAGUUCGCCCAACAGCAGCUCCGGUGAAGAGCACGGAACGCGACUUCCUGCUCAACCUUGCUGCCGAACCUUUCCUGCCUGAGGAGGGCACACUGGAGCCAGUUACGAUCCGUCUCGUUGGUUUGAAUGAUCAUCUCUGGCGACGAGUCAAGGCGGUCGUCGAGGAUGUUGAGCGUGUCGAGCUCGAGGCUCUGGCACUUGCUGAGCCGGAACUCAACAAGGCGGCGGAGACGAAGCCUGAAGCUGAGGGUACAGCUGCAGUUGACGCUGUCCCCAAAGCCGAACCGGUGCCAUCGACGCCCGUUGCGCCUGCCACGCCGGCUGCGACUGCUACUCCGGCUGCGACUGCCACUCCGGCUGUGACCGCCACACCUGUGGCGGUUGCGGCCGGUGCAGCAGUGGCCACGCCAGCGACUGCUACUCCAGUCCCAGUCACACCAGCUGCUGCGCCACCUUCAACACCAGCUGCUGCGCCCACUUCAGCGCCAGCACCCUCCCCGCUCAACCUGGCCGUCAAGAGACCACCAAUCAGCGACCUUGUGCGCAGCACCUUCCUCGAGCGCAAGAAGUCUCGCUUCCAGGCGCUGCUCUCGCGCGUGGCGGAACGCGUCUUCCCAAAGUUCCGCGUCGAAGGCCCACCACUCGCCGUGCUCGUCGACACGACAGCAGACAAGUGGGCACCAAAGCCGUACCACAUGACCACGCGGCCCCUGUACACGCGCGAAGAGGCGCCCGAGGCGGACGAGGAGGAAGACGGCGAGGUCUCACGCGCACUCACACCCCAGCCAGUGCCAGCACGCAAGGGCAAGAACGUGGAGGAGGCGACCGUGACCUUCGAGAUGCCGGUCAACCUCGACGGUCUGGAUGAGCGCGUGGAGGCCGGUGCCGCGCGUUCACUUGGGCGUGGCCGCGGACGUGGCCGAGGACGCGGGACGCCCAUCGUUCGGAAGACCAUGCGUGGGCAGUACGGCGUCCCGUGCGAGGGAUGUGCGCGCCUCGGCCUCAAGGUGUGGCGCCGCGGCCCUAACGGCCGAUCAACAUUGUGCAACUCGUGUGGUGACAAGUUUCUGGCUGGCACCCUCGGGCCACUGCAGGCUCCCGGCGCUGCGUCGGCAAACAAGGACGCCGAUGAGGACGGGGACGACGUCAAGGUUGAGGACGGUGAGGAAGAGGACGGAGAGAAGGAAGGGGAGGAGAAGGACGGCGAGAAGAAAGACGGUGAGGGGGAAGGUGAGGGGGAGAAGGACGCCGAAGCUGGCAGCCCAGCCCCUGCUAAGGACAAGGCGGAGGAGGGCGACGCGACCGACAAAGCCAACGGUUCAGCUGCUGCCACACCAGCACCUGAUGCGAACCCCGGUGAGGGUACCAACGGUGAUCCCGCCCCAGCAGGGGAUGGCAGGCCACCGCCUGCCGCGGAGGAGCCGUCCGAACCUAUUGAGGUUGAGGAAGCGGCGCCAGAGAAGAGCGAGGUAGCCAAGACGCCAGAGGAGCCCAAGGCCCUUGCGGACCCCACUACCGAAGCCACACAACCCAAGGAAUCAAGCUCCGCUGUCGAGGCAGAUGCCGACAAGAUGGACGUAGACGCAUAAUCAGUAGCCAUGGCACGAUGAAUCUGUACAUCACCG